GAAUGCCAAAAAUCAUUAUUGGUUUUGACAAUUUUUAUUACAUUUUUCUUUCUCGGAUUGUUUUUUUGUUUAUGAAAAUGGAAGCCAGUGAAUUUCGCACUUCCUGUGUCAGGGGAAACAAUGACGUUGAUUCGUAAUGAAAAUGCAUUCUGUUUUGAGAAACUCCGGACAUACAUAUUAAUCGUUUAUUAUCGUUUGGAAGAAUUGUACAAUGGAAUUGAUUUGCAUCGCGAACUUGAACGUGGUACAUGACUGGGAUGUAUUUUUGGAGUCCAUCAAUAUUCCAUACUAACCCCGUACCCAUUCUCCCAUUUAGUUAAAAAACACCUGCCAGUUAUAAUUAACCUUUGAGGGCGUAUGAUACAGAAGGGAUGACACCUUUGGUACUUCGUCUUUUAUUGCUUUUGAAUGAAGCAAUUUUUUUAUUUCCAUGUACAAUCGUCUAAAAUUCCAUAGAAUCGUCAAAAAAUUAUGCACACCGCUUUCAAUUUCGUUUUUAACUCAGAAUUAUAAAGAUGUAAGCAUUUAAAUAAAAAUCUCUGUCUUCUUAUAGGCAUUAGGUAUGGAAAAUUUUCACACAACAUAACUAAAAAUAACCCAAAUAAAACAGAAAUAAUUUAUUAUUACAAUUGCUUAGUCCAAUUCCAAAUUCAUUGGGACAAAUAUUCCAUUUUACUCAGUAUAUAGAAAAAAAAUAUUAUUACAUUAUUAAAAUCAUUACUAUUCACUGAGAUUUCAUCAUGAGUUUAUAAUUAAUGAAAUUUGUUGUUCCCAAGAUAGAGGCGCCAGUUGACGUCUCAAGAUGAAAGAAAAAAGAGAAGCUGAACAACCAUGUCUUAUUCAUUUUUGUAGAACUUGUAAGGCAAUUAGAAGACUUAUCUGACUUCCGUUGUGUGGAUGAUUGAACUCAAUUUAAAGACGCUGACAGUUGAUACAAACAGCCAAACAUGUCGAAAGCAGCGCGAAUUGCUAGCAAUUCUCUCAGUAUUGGUGAAAAUUCUCGAGAAAUUACAGAACAUCUCAUUCAAAAGGAUAAAGAACUAUCUGUGGAAUGUCAGCAGACGUUUUUCAAAGUUAAACAAUACCAGUACAAUGAAGUAAUACUCCUGAAUAAUAAUUCUAAACUGAAAAUCCAAUCGAGUAAUCUUGGACAAGAAGAUCAGGGAUUUAUCGACGCUAUUGCUGAAAAAACAACGAAUAUUGAAGAGUCAGAGGAACAAAUCCGAAUUCGUGAGAAUGAAAAUGAACUCGAGCAAAAAGAUAUUCGAGAGGCUCGGCUAAGAGAAGCUAUUUUUUAUGCUCGCAUGAUGAUUGAAUCUCAAGAUGAAUAUAAAACAAUCAAUCUGAAAAAUGACAUAAAUUAUUAUGAGGAACGUAGGUCAGCGAUUUCUUUCAAAAUCAAUGACUCCAUCAAUGCAAUCAAGGCUUUGAUGGAAGUAUCUAAGCCGAUUUCUCUUUCUCAAGAGUUAACCGACAUUUCUGAUCUAUACAAAUUGCUAGAUGACGAAGAGCCACUUAUUCGGGAGAUGAGAUCGAAGGAUAGUGCUAUGUUGACCCUCAUUAGGGAAAUUAAGCAAAUCAAAGUGGAGAUAUCCCAGGUGUUGAGUGAAUAGAGUAAAUAACUAGCUAUCACUAUUGAAUCGUAAUGUAAAUCCAUUAUGUUAACAAGUAUUCACAAUAUUUGUACUUAGUAGAGAAUAAAAAAUGA